CCUCCUUCACGAAAAAGCUUAUUCCUCAAAUAAUGUCUAACGAUGCCUUGCUCAAGCCAACAAAAGACACGAUACCCGUAAACAAUGAUGCUAUACCCGUGGACGAAGUAGAAAAGAAGAAGAAAAAGAAAAAGCACUCCGAAGGCGACAGGCACCGUGGAAGAGAAGUUCAAGAAACGGAAGCAUGCUGAGGAUGGCGAUACUGACUAAGAAAACCAAGCAUGCCGACGUUGAAGAAUCACAACUAACGGAGGCCGUUGAUACCUCAAGUAAGGAUCGUACUGAAAAAACAGAAACUGCAGACUCUUCAUCAGCAGACAGAAAAGAAAAGAAGAAGAAACGAAAAAGAGAUGAGGCGUCCAACGAGAACGCAGAGGUUUCAGAACGUGCGUUAUCGAGCACAUACAUUCUAGUAUUCGACUUCUCAACUUUCCGUCUAGAUCCCGUAGAGAAAAAAACGAAGAAGUCUACCAAAGUCGAAAAUACGGCAAUGGAAUCUGACAUUACUACUUUCCUUACCACGAACAACAUUACUUGUACGCCAUCCAUCACACCAUACCUAACCUUUGCCCAGCUCCCCAUUCCCGACGACCUCCGUGCGCCGUUGACCCGUUUCCCUGCUCCCACUCCCAUCCAGGCCUGCGCUUGGCCCCCCGCCCUUGAAGGACGCGACGUCGUCGGUAUCGCCGAAACCGGCAGCGGCAAAACAUUCGCGUUCGGAAUCCCUGCUCUCGCUAAAUUGAUCCACAACCCGCCCAAUAAAGACGGCGUCACGACUCUCGUCAUGGCGCCCACUCGUGAGCUCGCUAUGCAAACCCACGAUGCGCUCGAAGAACUCGGCAAGCCGUUUGGCAUCGGCAGCGUUGCUGUGUAUGGUGGAGCGCCAAAGGAGGCUCAAAUCAAAAUGCUCCGGAAUGCGAUGCGAGGAAAGGGGAACAAGGUGACAACGAGAAUUGUUGUUGGCACGCCAGGCAGAAUAUUGGAUUUGAUUGGAGAAGGGGUGUGUGAAUUGGGUGGAGUUGAUUAUCUGGUCUUGGAUGAGGCCGACCGGAUGUUAGAUCAAGGGUUUGAGAAUGCCAUUAGGCAAAUUAUUUCUUAUACAAAGAAGAAUGAGGAGAGGCAAACGAUGAUGUUCAGCGCGACGUGGCCGGAAUCAAUCAGGCGCCUUGCUAGCACUUUCCAGCGUGACCCUGUACGGGUAACUGUUGGUAGCGAAGAUUUAACCGCCAACAGCCGAGUGGAACAGAGUGCAGAAGUUUUUGAUGAUGAACGAAGUAAAGAUACCCGAUUAUUGAAGCAUCUACGUACAAUUUUGCCCAACAAGAUGGCGGGUACCACGAAUCGUGUCCUUGUUUUCGCGUUAUACAAGCCUGAGGCUUCUCGCGUAGCUGCGCUAUUGAAGCGUGAAAAGUACCGCGUCAGCGAACUGCACGGGGACAUGAAGCAACCGGCUCGAACGGCAGCACUAGAAGAUUUCAAAACGGGCCGAACCAAUAUCAUGGUGGCAACAGACGUGGCUGCUCGUGGAUUAGAUAUUCCUGACGUCGGUGUGGUGAUAAAUUAUACAUUCCCUUUGAAGGUUGAAGAUUAUGUGCACCGGAUUGGACGAACUGGUCGCGGUGGACGUACUGGCAAGUCUAUAACAUUUUUUACAGGCGCAGCACACGAAAAGUCGCUAGCUGGUGAAUUUGCAAGGGUGUUGAGGGAAGGCGGGUACGACAACGAGGAGCUCCGGAAUAAGUUCCCGAUGACGAUUAAAAAGAAGGAGCACAGUGCGUACGGAGCAUUUUUCAGAGACGAUAUAGAGAUGCCAGUAGGGAGGAAGAAGAUUGUUUUUUAGAAAUGUUUUGUUUUUAGAUAUACAUAACAUUGAUGACAUCAAAGACCCGAAACCGAGC